AGGUGUCUCACCUAGGCGCCCCGGCCGCGGCGCCCUCCCCCGCCCCGCUCGCCCCGCCGCCGCCCCCCCCCUCGGGCGCGGUGUAUGGCCGACGGCCACGGCACCGCCCUGAUCGACGAGGCCGGGACCGGGCAGGCGAGCUCCGCGCCGUCGGUGCAGUGGUGCGGGCUGUGCUUCUCCGUGGGCGACAAGGCGAUCCUAAAGGACGUCUCUGGCGGUCUGGAGCAGGGCCAGCUCUCGGCGAUCCUCGGGCCCUCCGGCGCGGGCAAGUCCACGCUGCUGAACGUGCUGGCCGGACGGCAGCGCACCGAGGGCCAGGGCUGCAGCCUCAGCGGCGCCGUCCAGGUCGGGGGCCAGGUCGUCUCUCCGCGCGAGCUGAAGCGGCGCGUGGCGUUUGUGAUGCAGGACGACGCGCUGCUGGCCACGCAGACGGUGGAGGAGUCGCUGCUGUUCAGUUCCGCGCUGAAGCGGCCCGGGCGCACGCGGCAGCAGCGAGCCGCGGAGGUGGACGACCUGCUGCGUGGCCUGGGGCUCUCGGCGUGCAGGUCCACCGCCAUCGGCAGCGCUCUGGUAAAGGGAGUGUCGGGCGGCGAGCGCAAGCGGACCUCGGUCGGCGUGGAGCUGAUCACCAACCCCUCCAUAUGUGGAGAAGGAAGACCCACGAGCGGGCUGGAUUCCUUCGCGGCCGCGGAGCUCGUGCGGCUGCUGCGGGCGUUGGCGCGGCGGGGCCGCGUCGUCUGCUGCACCAUCCACCAGCCCUCGUCCGAGGUGUUCGCGCUGUUCGAGCAGGUCACCUGCCUGCGCGCGGGGGAGGUGCUCUACCAUGGCCCUGGCGGGGAGCCCCUGCGGGAAUGCCUGGCCACGGCGCAGAUGCCGUGCCCCGGCGGGUACAACGCGGCGGACUCCGAAGAACAAACAGCUAUACUCGACGGUCGUUGAAAGUCGGUAUUGUGGAUCCCCUGCUCCCAAUCUACUUGUAGGUGCCUUCCUCCUACUUCAAGGGCCGAGCG